AUGGGUCGCAAGAAUCAAUCAGUCCCGGUCACAUACAUCCGAGGAGGGACAAGCAAGGCUCUCUUCUUCCACGAGCAUCAUGUCCCUCCCCCGGGAAUUGCUCGAGACCGCUUUCUGAAACGCGUCAUGGGAACACCGGAUCCUCUGCAGAUUGACGGUAUGGGUGGAAGCCACAUCGUCACCUCCAAGAUCGCUUUGAUCCGCCCGUCAGAACGUCCAGAUGCGGAUGUUGACUAUACUUUUGCACAAGUCAGCAUUAAUGAUGACUUUGUUGGAUACUCUGGCAAUUGCGGCAAUAUCUCUGCAGGUGUAGGACCUUUUGCCAUCGAUGAGGACCUUGUCAAGGAGAAGAGGCCUGGCGUAAGCAUGGACCCCAAGAUCAAGACACAGGAGGUUAGGAUCUUCAACACUGGAACGAACAAACUCCUCAUCUCUCAUGUACCAAUCGACCCAGCGACGGGAAAUUCUCUCGAACCUGGUGAUGCCUCGAUCGAUGGCUGCCCUGGUACUGGUGCCCCUAUUCUCAUGGACUAUUCUAAUGUUGUGGGAGGGGCUUUGAACAAAGGCGCAAUUCCUACCAACUCCGUCAUUGACACUGCCAUCGUCAAUGGCGUCGAAAUUGAAUUCAGCAUUUGUGAUGUUGGUAAUAUCUUGGUAUUUGCGCCAGCACAAGCUCUAGGAAUUCAAGGCAACGAACGUCCAGGAGAUCUAGACAAGGAUGCCGCACUUAUUGCCAGAGUCAAAGAACUACGUGGAAAGGCCGCCGUCAUAGCUGGCAUGUGCAAGGAUUGGGAGCUCGUCGAUGAACAAUCGCCGAUGCUGCCGAUGGUCACUCUCGUGUCGCCAUCAACAGAUCCUGAGUUCCACCUCCAGUCAAGAUUGUUUCUGGAUAACAAAUGCCAUACCUCCAUGGCUGGCACUGGUUCCAUCUGCACAGCUGCCUGUAGUCGAAUUCCAGGCACCAUUGUCCACAGACUCAUGUCUGAAGCUGGCCUGCAAGAAACAACUCUCAAGAUUCAACAUCCCUCCGGCAGCAUACCUGUCGUGGUGAUCUCGAAGCCUUUAAAGGAAGGCAAAGUCCCCGACUUUGAAACACUUUCCUUUGUCAGGACUGCUCGAAGGAUCUUUGAUGGCAACAUUUACAUCCCAGACAACGUUAAGGACUGCUUCCCAGCCGUAAAUGGCGUCAACGGACACACCAAUGGCGUGUCAGCCUCAGAGGUGGGAGAAAAUCCCAUUACAACGAAGGGUCUCGCUAAAUUCGUGUCAGGAUUAGAGUAUGCGGACCUGACUGUUGAAGUCCAAGACAAGCUUCGUCUCCUUUUGUUGGAUUACAUUGGAGUUACUUCUGCGGCAACAAUAUUCUCAGAGUCUUCCGAUUCUUUAACCAAGGCUAUCAAAGCCCUCAACGCUGGAUAUGAUGGCAAGGGUAAUCAGGCUUCGGUUAUUAAGAACGGUCCAUCAUGGUCUGCGCCACUGGCAGCGAUGCUCAAUGGCGCGCUUUCCCACAGUCUGGAUUUCGACGACACUCACGCAGGAGGAGCAUUGCACCCUGGCGUCAGUGUCGUCUCCGCUGCCCUUGCGGAGGCCGAAACCAAUACCAACGCUUCACCACAAGACUUGUUGACUGCAUUAGCGGCCGGCUAUGAAGUCACCUGUAGACUCGGCGUGGCAUUGGGAAAUGGAGGAUACGUCCUCGGGUUCCAUAACACCAGCACAGCUGGCAUUUUCGGGGCCGUGGCGGCCAUCGCAAGAUUAAGACACGCCGACGUCGAGACAGUUGAAAACGCGUUUGGACUCGCCUUGUCCAAGGCUGCAGGUUCGAUGCAAUACCUCGCCAACGGCAGCUGGAACAAACGCCUCCACCCUGGAUUUGCCGCCCACGAUGCCUUCGCCUGCGUGACACUGGCCGAAAGCGGCGUUGUCGGCGCUGCAGAGCCCAUCGAGGGUAGAUACGGGCUGUUAAACCUGUACAGCUCGACUGGGGCGACAAAAUCUUCUUCUUCUACUUCUUCUUCUCCUAGCCCCAGCCUGAGUCUUCCAUUUUUGAAACACUGGGAGUUUCUAUCAACGGCUGUCAAGCCCUACGCCAGCUGUCGAAUGACACACGGUCCAAUUGAACUUGCAGCACAACUAGCACAGCUACAGCAGACACAUGGAAAACCGCAGAGCAUCAAGAUCUCCUUGUCCCAAACAUGUUAUCGUAUUGUGGGCGAGCCUACCGAUAACAAACUCCGGCCACAAAACGUCGUCGACGCUCAGUUCAGCGUCUACUACCAGACCGCAGUCGCCUGGCUUCAUGGGAAUAGUGGUUUAGGCUGGAAAAUCUACGACUAUAUCGGUGACUCUGCUGUUCAUGACAUCAUUGAUGCUAUGGAAGUCCUCAGCGUGGAUUCGCACGUUGGACUUGAGAGCAGCCUCGAGGUCGUUUUCUCGGACGGAUAUACGUCACAAUUGCAUCUCAGGAGUCCGACUGGAGAGCCGGAUAAUCCCAGUACCUGGGACAAUACUCGAGUCAAGUUCAUGGCUUUGGCCACGGGGGUCUAUGGCGAGGCCCAGGCAAACAAGAUUUGUGAAGCGGUGAAGGAUGUUCAAAAUGUCGGCGUGCGUAGAUUGAUGAAACUUGUAAGAUGAGUUACGAAUUCUGAAGUGGCAGAUGUGACUACUUCGACGAAUGUCAG